AUGGUGAAACGCAAGAGAACUGACGCCCCCAAGGAGGAAAAGAUGACCGGCACUCCUCCCAAGACCACCAAGUCCGCCCCUACUCCUGCAGAGACUCCCGAUGCAGCUGUGACUAUCCAAGUGGUCACUGGCUCGUAUGAGCGGGUGCUUCAUGGCUUUACGGCUGGAUUCUCAGCCUCCAGUCUGAAGGACAAGGCUGAAACCCCAGCGAUUCAAUGUGUGGAUACAUUCCUGUUUGAGGCGCAUGGCUCUGCAAUUCGUUGUCUGGCAUUGUCGCCACUACCCAAGCCCACCGACUCUCCCGAUGCCCAAAAAGUGAUCCUGGCCAGUGGUAGUACAGAUGAGCGCAUUAACCUGUACUCUAUCUCUGCCGCACCCCCUGCCGUAAGCGAAGACUAUCCGUCCGUGCCGACACUGGCCGGAAACAAGAUCCUGGAAAAUCCUCGGAACCGUGAGCUAGGAUCUUUGUUGCACCACACCGCCAGUAUCUCCUCAUUGAGCUUCCCUUCACGAAGCAAGUUACUCGCAGCUGGAGAAGAUAACACGAUCUCCGUGUCGAAGACCCGUGACUGGACAGUCGUAUCAACCAUCAAAGCGCCAAACCCCAAAGUCCAAGGUCGGCCUAGUGGUGACACAGCGCCUCCCGGAGCUGCUCCAUCUGGUGUGAACCACUUUGCGGUGCAUCCCAGUAUGAAGCUGAUGCUGAGUGUUGGGCGAGGAGAGAGAUGCAUGAGAUUGUGGAAUCUCGUGACCGGCAGAAAGGCUGGUGUUUUGAACUUCACCAGGGAGGUCCUACAAGGUGUUAAAGAGUCGAGAUGGAGCACAGGAGAAGGUCGCCGCAUUGCGUGGGAUUCUGAAGGAGAAGAGUUCGCCGUUGCUUUCGAAUGGGGCGCGGUUGUAUUCGGAAUCGACUCUAUUCCAAGAUGCAGGGUUCUUCCUGCCCCCCGGAGCAAACUUCAUCAGAUGAAGUAUGUUUCUUUGCCUCUAAAGGGUGACGAAAAGGAAGAUUUCCUGGCUGUAUCUACAGAGGAUGGCCGAGUGAUCUUCUAUUCGACCAAAGAAAUGAAGGAUGCUGAGGAUGAUGCUGAAUGCUCGAUCCCCCAUGCCACUCCUGUCGCUCAGGUUGGUGGAAAGCAAGCUGGAUUCCCAGGCCGCAUCAAGGAUUUCGAAAUCCUCACUCUGGAAGGACAGGCAAAGGAGUUCCACAACGACUUCCUGGUCGUCACCGGUAACAGUGACGGAGUUGUCCGCGUAUGGAAGGUUGCUGGCAAGGACCUUGCAGCAGCAAAGAAAGAACAGAAGGAUACGUCUCAGAUCGGAAAGCUCUUGACCACCUAUGAGACCGGUAACCGCAUCACCUGCUUGGCAUCCUUCGUCAUGUUGCCUGCAGAGGAUCCGUCUACGUUGAUGGAUUCCGACGAUGAGGACGAAGAUGAAGCCGAGUCAUCCAGCGAUAGCGAUGAUGAGUAA